CCAUUUUGGGGAAGCCGUAAGCAGGCAAUGCUCAAACAAUAAGUGUUUAUAUGUUUUUUCAGACCUCAGAAAAGUUAGACUUUUUAUGUGCACAAGCUCAAGCGGUCGCCGUGUCGCUUCAGCUUUUGGGAGUAUGAUCAGCUGAGUGGGAAGUCUGAUAAAAAAAAAACAGAGGUGGGCUAUUAGGUCAGUGAAACAGGCCCACGUAAAGAAAGAGUUUGUCGGUACAACGCAUCCCUGUGGUCUCGCUUUUUUUAAUCAUAUUUAACUCGACACACUCUUUCUGACGGUGUGUGAACUGCUGAUCUGAUUGAACGACUGGAAAAACUGUUCUGUCCUGACGGGGCCAAUGGAUGGCGGAGAUGAACUCUUUUCCGGGAACCGCUCUGAUGACGGCAGUGGCACCCCAGUGCAGGACGAACAUGCUCCGGCAUCAGACGCUGAGGAGGAGGAAGAGGAGAUGAGGAGUGAACCGCGACAUUCCGAGGAUGAAGGGAGUGACAGGGAGCGCGGAGCCCGCGGCGGGAACGCUAACGGCGUCGGCAGUGGGUCGGAUCGGGAUGAGGGCGGGGGAGCGGACAGCGACUCCGAGCCUGAGCGUCCGCGGCCAGCAGACAGCGAUGAAGACGACGAUGACAAAGAGCGGUCGCCCCCCAAACGAAGGGGCAGCACUUCUGACAACGAGGCAGAGCCGAAACAGCGCGGCAGCGACUCGGAGAACGAAGAGGAGUCCAAACAGAGGGAACAAUCGGACGUAGAGAAAGACUCAGACAGCGAGAUGCCUAGAAAGAGGAAGAUUGAGUCUGAUGAAGAGGAGGGAGAGAAGGACGCUGGGAAAGAAGAGGAAGGCCAGGGCAAAUGGAAAGCCGUGAUGAACUCGGACAGUGAGGAGGAGGAGGAGCAGAGAGAGACAAAGGCGGAGGAAGGCAGUGACGCUGAGCAGAAGGGGGCGCACAAUCGACGGGCGCUGGACGAAAGCGAAGAUGAGGAGGAGGAAGAUAAACCAGUGAAGAGGAAGAAGGCUGUUCUCUCAGACAGUGAGGAGGAGAAUGAUAAAGUGAAGAAGAGGCGUGCAGUGUCUGAUGAUGAUGAUGAUAACUCUGACAGUGAUGAAGGCUUCCAGGCUCUGGACAAAAGCACAGCCGCUAAACUCCGUGAGCUUGGCUCUGACAGCGAGGAAGAGGAGGACAGGAUGAAGACUGACGGAGGAAAGAAAGACGAGAAGACGCUGUUUGGCAGUGACAGCGACUCAGGAGAUGAAGAGAAAAUGAUUGCUGAUAUCUUUGGGGAGUCUGGAGACGAGGAAGAGGAGGAGUUUACGGGUUUUAAUCAGGAGGAACUGGAGGCGGAUAAGAAACAGGCUCAGGGUUUGGCGAAGAGGCCAGUGGCAGAAGAGAGUGACUCUGAUGACGAUGUGGACCGAGGAAAAGACCCCAGUUUCAUGUCGGACUUUGACAUCAUGCUGGCGAAGAAGAAGGCUCAGAGCGGGAGACGGAGGCGACACAGAGACGGCGGAACGUUUAUCAGCGACGCGGACGAUGUGGUCAACGCCAUGAUCACCAAAAUGAACGAGGCCGCAGAGGAGGACAGGAUGCUGAACAGUCAGAAGAAACCAGCUCUGAAAAAACUCACCCUCCUGCCUACAGUCGUCAUGCAUCUAAAGAAACAGGACCUGAAGGAGACCUUCAUUGACAGUGGGGUCAUGACAGCGAUUAAAGAGUGGAUCAGUCCUCUGCCAGAUAAGAGUCUGCCUGCCCUGAGGAUCAGGGAGGAACUCCUCAGGAUUCUACAGGAGCUGCCCAGUGUGAGUCAGGAGACUCUUAAACACAGUGGGAUUGGCCGUGCUGUGAUGUUUCUCUACAAACACCCCAAAGAGUCACGCCCCAACAAAGACCUGGCCCUCAAACUGAUCAAUGAGUGGUCCCGCCCGAUCUUUGGUUUAUCGUCAAACUACAAAGGCAUGACCAGAGAGGAACGGCAGCAACGAGACCUCGAUCAACAAAUCGCCCCGCGGAGACGCCUUAGUUCAGGAGGACAGACUCCACGCAGGGACCUGGAGAAGGUCCUGACAGGAGAAGAGAAGGCUCUGCGGCCAGGUGACCCAGGGUUCUGUGCCCGGGCCAGGGUGCCCAUGCCGUCCAAUAAGGACUAUGUGGUUCGGCCCAAAUGGAAUGUGGACAUGGACACAAACCGGGGUCCGGUGAAGAAGGGCCUGUCGCGUGUGGACAAACAGAUGAGGCGGUUUGCAGACAUCCGGCGACAGACGAAAACCGGCCAUGCUGUAAAGAUCAGUGUGGAGGGGAACCGGAUGCCCCUCUGAUUUUAAACCUUCAGUUUCCCCUUUAUUCACUUUACACCCCCCCCCCCAUUCUGUUUUUUUCCUUUUUGCUUUUGUUUUUUAAGUGCCCCUGCCCGUGUGUGUGAAGCCCAGUGCGGCCGGAGUGUAAGAUAACGUGCGUGAGCCAUCGUUUUUGAGACGUUAAUGUCGAUGUUUCACACAAACUGCUGUAGAGGAAGUCAAGUUUGAUUGUGUGGCCAUUGCUGUUGUACUGGUUCAGAUGUUACUUUGAU